AUGUCGGAUGGCACGCUAUUCAAGCCUGACAAGGACUUUACGAAGGAUGUAGACCAGCAGAUUCCCGAGGCCGAAGCGCUUGCCAAGACAAACUUGCAAGGCGCAGUCGAGAAGCUCCUACUGCUAGAGAAACAAGCACGACAGGCAUCUGAUCUCCCUUCCACAUCGAGACUGCUGGUCGGCAUCGUUACCAUCUGCAAAAAUGCGGGCGAUUGGGAAGUUCUGAACGAGCAAGUCAUUGCUCUCUCGAAGAAGCAUGGCCAGCUCAAACAAGCGAUAACAAAGAUGGUUCAGGUGGUGAUGGAGUACUUGGACCAGACACCAAGUCUGGAGGUUAAGCUGUCCUUGAUCGAGACAUUAAGAACAGUUACAGAGGGAAAGAUUUUUGUUGAAGUUGAGAGGGCGCGAGUAACUCGCGCUUUGUCCAAUAUUAAGAAGAGCCAAGGAGAUAUCAAUGCUGCUGCGGACAUUCUUUGUGAGCUACAGGUUGAGACCUUUGGCUCGAUGGCCCGAAGAGAGAAGACGGAAUUCAUCCUCGAACAGGUUGCGCUUUGCAUUAAAAAGAAGGACUGGACACAGGCCAACAUCCUCAGCCGCAAGAUCACCACCAAGUUCUUUGCCCGGAAACCUAAGAGAACUCCAGAGCAAAUCGAAAAAGAUAAUAAAGAGGCUGAGGAGAAGGAAAAGAAACGCAGCCCCGAUGAUCCACCAGUUGAGAAGCCAGAGGAUGUCACAGAUCUGAAACUUUUGUAUUAUGAACAGCAGAUUAUCCUUGCAAGCCACGAGAGCAAGUACCUUGAAGUUUGCAAGCAUUACAGACAAGUUCUCGACACUGAGUCUGUUGAAGAAAACCCCGACCAACUGCGGGCGGUACUUCAACGAGUCAUAUACUAUGCUAUCCUCUCGCCGUUUGACAACGAGCAAUCAGAUCUCUUGCACCGUAUCCAGACUGAUACACGGAACUCCCUUGUUCCUGUGGAAGCUCGCCUGGUCAAACUCUUUACAAUGAACGAAUUAAUGCGCUGGCCUAUGGUUGCCGAACAAUUUGGCCCCCAUCUCUGCAGCACCGAUGUGUUCGAUGCUUCCACCAACCACACGGCCGACGACAAGCCAUACCAACGCUGGCAAGAUCUCCGAAAGCGUGUUAUCGAACACAAUGUUCGAGUCGUUGCCAAAUACUACACUCGCAUCGAGAUGGGCCGGCUCACUGAGCUCCUCGAUCUGGACGAGGAGGAAACUGAGAAAUACAUCAGUGACCUCGUUACAUCGAAGACGAUCUACGCUAAGAUUGACCGCCCUGCCAGACUUGUCAACUUUGCCAAGCCACGCGAUGCGGAUGAUGUUCUGAAUGAAUGGAGCAGCAACAUGAAGAGUUUGCUUGGGUUGCUAGAGAGGAUCGAUCAUUUGAUUACCAAGGAGGAAAUGAUGGCUCGAAUUCUUCCAUCCAAGGGUGCAAGAAGACCAAAGGCACGUUGA